CUACAUUGAUAUCAAUGUAAACGGCGCAGAAAUAUCGUGCGAAAAUUGGUGUGACGAAACGGCUGCCUGCAGAGUUACCGGUGGAGGACAGCCUAUUCCAGAUUCACUGCUGGCUGAAGACAAUGGAGACAGAAAUUGAGCAGCAGGAAGAAGAGACCACAUUCAGCAACACUGACACUAACGGCAAGCGCCCCGCUGAGGACAUGGAUGAGGAGCAGGCAUUCAAACGCUCUCGCAACACGGAUGAAAUGGUGGAACUCAGGGUCCUUCUCCAGAGCAAAAAUGCGGGUGCUGUGAUUGGAAAGGGGGGCAAGAACAUAAAAGCCUUGCGCACAGAUUACAAUGCCAGUGUAUCAGUCCCAGACAGCAGUGGCCCAGAGCGUAUCCUGAGUGUGAGUGCAGAUAUCGAGACCAUUGGUGAUAUUCUGCUGAAGAUCAUCCCUACUCUGGAGGAGUAUCAGCACUACAGCGGGACAGACUUUGACUGUGAGCUGCGUCUGCUGAUUCAUCAGAGUUUGGCUGGAGGCAUUAUUGGAGUCAAAGGUGCCAAGAUCAAGGAACUGAGGGAGAACACCCAGACAACCAUCAAGCUUUUCCAAGAGUGCUGUCCCCAUUCUACUGACCGUGUGGUGUUAGUCGGGGGUAAACCGGAGCGUGUUGUCGAAUGCAUCAAGGUCAUUCUGGAGCUGAUUGCAGAGGCACCCAUCAAAGGUCGAGCCCAGCCCUAUGACCCAAACUUUUACGAUGAGACCUAUGACUAUGGUGGCUUCACCAUGAUGUACGAGGAGAGAGGUCGACGGCCUAUGGGAGGGUUCCCGAUGCGAGGCCGGGGAGGGUUUGAUCGCAUGCCUCCAGGACGUGGUGGUCGUCCCAUGCCCUCUUCCAGACGGGACCAUGACGACAUGAGCCCCCGCCGUGGACCACCUCCACCCCCGCCAGGGAGAGGAGGACGUGGGGGUAGUAGGGCCCGAAAUCUGCCUCUUCCCCCACCACCACCACCAAGAGGAGGCGGUGACCGAUUUUCUCACCAGAGCUAUCACAGCAAUAUGGAUGACAGACCAAACAGUGACCGAAGAGGGCGACCUGGGGACCGUUACGAGAGCAUGAGUGGAGGUGGAUAUGGUGAGUGUUCUUCAUACACACGCGCACACACACACACACAGGCUCAAGGUUACCUCCAGUCAAAUAGAACACUCCAAUCUCAAUUGCCUUGUGUUUCCAGCUUUUCUCUCUCUGCAUCCUUCCCUGUCGUAGCUCUGAUAUCUUCAUCACUUUUUCCAUUUUCUUUUUCUUUUCUUGUUUUAUCUGAAGACAAUAAUUCUUCUUGGGAGCCCUUCCAGUCUGGUGGUCGAGGUUCUUACAGUGACAUCGGAGGGCCAGUUAUUACAACACAAGUAACCAUCCCCAAAGAUCUGGCCGGCUCCAUCAUUGGGAAGGGCGGGCAGAGGAUCAAACAGAUCCGUCAUGAGUCGGGAGCAUCUAUCAAAAUCGACGAGCCUCUGGAGGGCUCUGAGGACAGGAUCAUUACCAUUACAGGCACACAGGAUCAGAUUCAAAACGCCCAGUAUUUACUACAGAACAGUGUGAAGCAGUACUCCGGUCGGUUCUUCUAGAGAGUGGAGAGCGAAGCCAAACUGCCAUACCCAUUCACUUCAACUUGUUUUCAGAGUCUACAUUCCUCUGCUUCUUGGGUAGAUGUAUCUCUACCAUUUCUCGUAGCCAUUUUGUUUUUUAAACGACACGUUUAAGGGAAAGUUUUUCUGCAUAGCAAGUGGAUCCGUUUAUUUCUGUAACAUAUUCUUUGAUCUUGCAUGCCAUUUUCCCAUUGAUUGUAAUGUUUUGUAAGUCAAGGGAGAACAUCUGUAAUGUCCACUGUUGGCCUUACCAGAGCUGCAUGCCUUGUGUGUGCAACAUGCAGAAUGUAAUCUUAUUUAUAAGAAUUUGUUUUUUGCCCUUGAUCAUGAGUUUUUGGGGAAAGUGUAAAUAUUCAUUUAACUCUUUAAAAGUUUUAACAUCAGUAUCAGUUUUAUUUAAAGGAUUAACUACUAUUUUGAUUUGAAGAAUGGGGGGAUUUGAGGUGGGAAAACUGAUUAAUUCCUGAGGGCUUUUUUUUUCCCCACUUGUUUUUCAAAUUCAUACCGACCCUGGGAUCCAUUCAGUCUUGCUAGCGCUUUUUUUGUACGUCUGUUUGUAAGCAUUUUUACCAUUUUAGAUGGAUCUUUCUAGACACCUUUCUCUCCACAGAUUGAAGGAAAUUGUGGCUGUCUCAUUAAUGUUUCUCAUAUCACUUUCUUUCUCUCUCUGUCCCCUCUGGUGUUUGUAGAUUGUGCUGCAAAUCUAAAAAAUAAAAAUAAAGUCUGU